UCGGGUACAGCGGGGAAAGGAUUAAAAGAAUUUCGCGGCGGAAGAUUCGGGGUGAGACUCGUCCCAACCACCACGUAAGUAGAGAGAGACGGAGAGUGCCAGCGAACGGUUCGAGAGAAGCUCGAUGGGUCGAACAUACUCAGUGCUGCCAGCCGUAAGCUCGACGGAGUCGACGCCGCAAGCUCGAUGCAAAUCGACGUCGUGGAUGCCCGAACGAUGAAAAUCGACGUACGCGUGUCGUGAUCGUCGUCCCGUUGCUCUCCCAAGUGUCACGGUUCGAUAGCCGGAUGAACGUCGACGACCUACGGUAUCGGUGAACCACCUUGACGACCGCGGAAUUAUCUACGGAACCGCUAACCUCUUUGGGCAGUGUCGACGAACUCGUGGACCUCGAGCAACGACGACGGAAGAGGAGAGGAAGAGGAGAAGCGUGUGUGUCCGGUGCAUCUGACUCGCGGAAGUGCUGGGUCAACAAUGUCAAUGCCCUUGAGAUCGAUCGUCGGUUGCUCGAAACUGGCUCGUUUGUUGACGAACUGCGAGAAAUUAACUUCCGGGUAACCAAGUUUUAGCCUUUGCGUAGAGAGGAUAGUUUCGAGGAUAACGAGACCGUACGAAGAGAUUCUUAAGAACGCGUAGAGGGAUACGAUUCGCUGCCAGAAGAAGCAGUCUCGGUGGACGAGUGGCAGAGUAAUAACAGCUCGUUGGAUGGAGUGAUGAGCGGGGCCCCUGCACGGGGCACAGCGCCCCGUCGUCAAAGACGUCAUCAUCAUCAUCACCAUCAUCAGAAACAUCAGAAGCAGCCUAGGGAAGAGCGAUCGGAGGAGCCGGAAGAGAAACGGCCGAAAGUGAAUCCAAUAUUUCUGUGGGCCUCGCAGCGGGAGCAGAGAAUCGUUGAAGUGAGAUGCGAGGAUUACGACAAGAGGAAUCGAAUAAAGCUGACGAAGACGGCGCAAGGAUGGCGUUCGAUACCGCGUACGGCGUCGAACAUGUACUCGACCGGUCUGGGUGGUUCCCAAAAAUCGAGCGGCGCGAACUCUUCGAAUUCGUCCGACACAAACGACGAAAAAGAGAUCGGGAAUCGGCAACGUGUCGAUACGAAAGAAUCGACAAAUGGACGGACCAAUGGUUUGGUCACCAGGGACGGUGUUGGAAGGAAGAGAAAUUACGACGAGAUCGAUAGGAGUUACAGGUUUCCUUUGGACGAGGAACAACAAGAGGCGUCCUGUUCCGACGACGAGGACGACGAAGAGGAAGAAGACGAAAUGGAAGAAAAUAGGUUCGAGAAAGAGUUUGCGAGGUGCAACGGAAGAAAUAAUCUCGAAAGGCUGCAGAAAGACAAGCUGUUUCAGCCGCGAGUGGUGCUGGAGCAGCUACACUUUUCUCAAUUGCCCGAGGGCGUUCAUCAGAAUGUCCUUCAGAGUCAAGGAAACGACGAGAAGGGGCAGAACGAGGAUGAUAUUAUCGCCGGCGAAAAGAAGCCGGAUAGCGAGAAAAGGAGACGCAUGAACAAGGCGGGCAUUCAAGACAUAUUGAACAUGAUAAACGCAACAGCGUCGCCGGUUCUAGCCACCGAUACGCCUAGCGCCGAUCUGCCCGUCGAUUCGACGAAAACCUACGAGGUUCUCGAAGAGGAUAGCAGAAUCAAAGAUUCCGGUUCCACGGUCCUAAACUCGAAGGCAAAUUCGAUCUCCAGUUACGGACACGAGGACAACGUUAAAGCCAACGACGUCCUCGCUGAGGAUAAAAUAGAGAUACACGAGGAAAAGAUUCUUGGGAACUACGAUACGGAGAACGAGGAAGAGAAGAGUCCUCGAGCGAAAGAAGACGUCGUUAUCGUUUCCAUAAAGAGUCACGCGGAGAAAUUGUGCAAGAUCGCCGAGGCGGACGGUGGCCUUGCGCACCGAGCAAAGUGUAAAUCUCAUUCCAAGUAUCAGAACGCGAUGUUCGAGGAUACUCCCUUGGAAGCGGAAGAAGAACGACCCGACGAACCCGGAGAUCCCAUCAAAAUAGAUUACAACGACAGUUCGAAGAUUCUGAACGCUCUGAGGAACACACCCGGACUCUCCGUCUCUAUAACGAGAACUCAUACGCCCGAAGGUAUGAAAAACAUCGUGAUACCUGCGACGAGGCCAGCCUCGAAGGCGUCGUCGUCGAGCAGAUCGCCGGAUUCCCAAGCAGAGUGCGCGGAGAGGCUGCUGAAAAACGCAGACUCCGCCACGGAAACGCAAAAAGCCUCUCCGAAAAAUCUGCCCGGUCUCUCGAUCAUUAUACCCAGUUACAGAUACCGAAAUCCUCAUACGGUGACUCAUUCGAUCUCCUCGAGCACGAAAGCUCGCGUAGAAUCGCCCGAGAGCACCGUGAACUUUUCCAAAAACGAAGUUUACGCGGACGAGUCGAGACUGGACAGAUUCCCUCACGAGGAGGACGACGAGAGGGAGUUGGAGGAGGACGAGGACGACUGUGAUUCGCAAGUGCUGGAGGACCUGAGACGACAGAAAGCGGACUCGUUGGCGUGCGAGCCCGACCGAGAUUAUUUCCACAAGCAAAAUACCGGAAAUUCCGAGGGUCGGAAAACUCCUAUGGAGUGCGCGAAAAAUCAGGCCCACGGGAUCAGCUCGAGCAAGAACAGCGAGGCUCAAGCGAAAUGCAAAUAUCAGGAUGUAGAACACUUUGACGAGCAGGUCCUCGAGGAGCUCAGGACUCGCGGUACGGUCGUGUCGCCGCAGCCGAGUGGAAUUCCGUGUUCCCCAGCUUCCAGGAGACCCUCGUCCGCGUACCUCGAGAGACUGCUGCCGAGUCCUCCGUGCUCCGUGUCUUGUUCGGAGGACGCGAAAAGUGAUUUGACCUUGAAAAGCAUCCUGUCGUCGCCGAAUCAAUUGGAGGCGAGGGACUACGAGAAACAGAAAGAGAUAUCGAGUCGUUGCGAUCAGAUGCCCAGCGAGCACCGUACGGUUCGGCCAGAGUACACCAAAGACGUCGAAAGGACCAGCGCUCGAAAGGGGUACAGAGGCUUUCAGGAGCGAUCGAGCGUUCACAGCCAGGAGAGAAACUCGGGCAGACCGAUGUCCAGCGGCGACAUCCACAGCACGUACUUCGCGAGUGAUCGCGCCGCCCACAAGAGACCAAUGUCCGCCGAAUGGUCCACCGGUAGACAAAAGAACCAAUCGACUUGUCAGAAAUCCUCCGGCAAGCAUCGAGGGUCGGAGGAACCUUGCGCCACGUCCAGCACCACCGACAAGCUGCUCGAUCCUGCUAGUCAACUACGAGAAUUGAUCGAGACGUCCGGUCACCUGAUACCAGAUCCCUUGCUGGUGCCCAGGGAUUACUUGCCAGGGCUCGCGGCCGCCCCAGCGACCGAAAUUCCGAAACUGCUGGCGUCCAGGCCGGAGCUCAGACUACCGGAGGCGCUGAACAGACCGGAUCUGCUCAGAGAUCCAGAUUUAUUGGUGAUAUCCCUGGCACAUCUCCAGCACGUCCUCGACCACGGCGAAGGCCCAGUCGCCAGGUCACGACAGUCUCAUACCAGAAUCAACAACGGCACUAACAAAGGGUCCGGUCACGCGAACAACGGAACGAGAAACGCCUCGCAAACGAGGCCCAAACUCAGCUGCAAACCGAUCGGCACUCUGAUGCCGGCGCCCAUCGAUCUGUCCAGCAGUCGGCGUACCAGUCCUUAUCCACCGUUGCUCAGGGUGAGGAGCGGAUUGCUCAAGCAGGAACCGGAAGUUAGCUCCACUGCUAGCUCGCCGGACGACUCGCAGCUCUGGCAUCCUUUGUUCGGCAGCCAGAAGAGGCAGCAACAGCAGUACAGCCACCAGCAACAGCAACAACAUCAGCAUCAACACCAGCAUCAGCACCAGCACCAGCAUCAACAUGCCUCCUGGCAUAGGACCACUUUGGCAUCCUGACCACGGUGACCAUGACCCUGACCACAAACCCAGUAGUUCUCCGAGGAGAAAGGAUUCCCUUGCUGGCGAAGAAACGUAUCGACGCGACUCCUUUUGCGGUUUCGUCUCGAAAAGAUCUCUGGAAGACCCAUCGAGACGAUGGAAACACUGAAAGAGCCUUCGCACGACGGAGACACCGAUGUUCCCCGACACAUUCAGCCAUCCACUCCGAGGCAUUCGCCGUGAUUCUGUUCGUCGAAGCUCUUCGCUUUGAUCAUCUUUGUUUCACGGAUUUCCCCGUGCUCGCGAGAGAGAUCCUCCCCCGUGCUCGUGAUUUUCUUUGCUAGAGAGUUUCGAUCGCCAGACCCGUUUGUCGGGACCUUUUUAUCCGCGCGAUCGUUUUCACAGACUUUCAGCAAGCAUUGUAAUUUCAUUCGCGAUCCCUUUUGUACCGAAAGAACGAACUUGCCGCUUAGCAUAUUUUCACGAGGCUCGUUGCCACUAUGCGCCACCCUGGGGAAAACAACCUGGCCGCGCUAAUUACGGAUGCACGGUCAUUGUUAGCGGAGGGGACGCAAUAGUUGAAAAUACGCUAUCUUUAGAACAGAGUUAUAGAGAUAAUGAUACGCUGUUAAACGGAUACGCUGAAUGGAAAUUAGGAAUGUAUUUUGCUGGGUAAUCAGAAAAGUAAAUUAAAUAUUAACACGUUGGGUGGCGCGCCAGUUUCCAUGUUAAAGAGUGUCCUUGAUUAUCGUUUCAAAUUCGAUUUACUUAUUGGUUUUGGUGUUGUAGGAUCUGACUUGAUCCGUAGGAUCACCCAGAUAAAUUAUUGUUUUACAGCAUUUUCGAAGACUGUAACUUUAUUUAAUAGGGUUCGUUCGGUGGAAACGUUUUACCUGUGACCACUAUGGCAGUCAACCUGUUAAGUUUGGGUUAGAUUUAACACAUUGGCGAUCAAAAUGUUCUUCAAACGUGCAAUUUAAAAUAACUUGCAGUAGCCAAAUAAGUAAGUAUCUAUUGUAUGACCAUAAAAUGGUACAAAUUUUUGCGUCGACCAUCGGUCUUUUCAGGGGGUCCUUUGUAUCUGACUGGUGGAAGCAUCCAGGGCAAAGUUGCAAUAAAAAAAAAAGAAAAAACGCCGCAAUGAAACGAUAAUUUUCAUAUCACGCCCUAUUUGAACGUUUGGAAAUUUAACUGUUCAAUUUCCUCUGAAAAAUUUACUUUCGAAUUGUCGUACCGAUUCUACCAGGUCAAUCCGUAGGUUAUUACAAAUGUCUGUCGAAAGAAACAGAAACUAAAUUUAGUUUAAUCCAACCAGCGAUGUAUCUUUUUCAAGCUCUUAUAAUAUCACUCUGGUUCUGAUGCAACAAGUUUGAACUUUAUUUUUGUUUCAAGCUUGUUAUACCAUUAAACACUUUUGUGGACUGCAAAACAGACAAUAGUAGCUUGAAUUAGUCUUACAAGCAAAAAUAACGAUCCAAUUAUACUAUUUUUCAGUUCAUUAAUAUGUAAAUGCUUGAAAAGAUUUAUACAAGUAUUCAACGCGCGUAAAUUUCUUUAAAAAUUGAUACACAAAAAGGCCCUAAAUUUACUCUUUGUAAACUAGACUGCUGCUUUAAGCGGGUGUUUCUAUUCUCCCAACUAAACCUUCCUCUAACCGCUGUUUCACAGCUACACCGACUGGUGUAUUUCUUGUGAUCAAUAUCUUUUACCAUAGAAAAGACUGCUGCAGCCGGUAUAAUGAUAUUGUUAUUUCAAUGUUUCCGAAUAGUCAUUAUGUAUAGAAUUAUUUAUUAUUUAUCAUUUUAUAUGAGAUUUCGAUACUAGACAUGAAGUUUCUAUCUCAAAGAAACAACAACGAGGGAAUAUUUUACAUGUAUAAAAGUUGAAAUGUUGCUCUUCACUAUAAACCAGCGUUAACCAACAUAAGCUUAGAGUUAAUUUAAUAUUAUCUAUGCACGCUCCAUAGAAAUGUAAUAUGAGGUAUAGGUGCAAUCGUGAAAACUGUAAUAUUUCUAUUUCUAUUUAUUAUUCCCAGGAUUGGGAUUCUCGAAUCCUCGAAAUCUAGAAUUUUUAUUUUCGAUUUUUCGUUUACCCCUUCCUUGACCUCUUCUAGUUUUAAUAGUAUCUAUAAUCAGAAUGUCACUAUCAAAUUUAACGGGAUAUCACAAUCCUGAAUAUUAUUUACGCCAUUAUAUCUACUUCCAAACCUUUCAAAAUCAUUUCUGAGCAGUCCCUGUGCUAACACUUUUUGCAGGUUUUGCACGAAAAUCAAGAUUUUCUAUAAAAAAAACUCUUAUUCGUGUCUCUUGAGUUUUCAACGCUUGAAAAUAAAAAUAUAUGAAAUCCGAUAAGUAGCUAAUUCAACAGACAAAAGCAUUCAAGCGAAAGCAAAUGUUAAACAAAUACAGGGUGUUCGGCCACCCCUGGGAAAAAUUUUAAUGGGGGAUUCUAAAGGCCAAAAUAAUGACGAAAAUCAAGAAUACCAAUG